AUGGCUGACUCCGAUUACAGCGGUCGCCGUCAUCGACGUCGAUCACUCUCAGCAUCCUCUGGUUCUGACCGUGACCGAAAGCGGGUUUCCCGAGAAAAGGUCUACAGCAGUAGUUCCAGACGUCGAGACGAUUACCGAAGCUCCCACGGGAGGAAGCGCUUGUCCCCUAGCUCAUCUAGCAGAGACAGUCAUAGAAGAGAUGGCGAUUAUCGUCCCCUUGAGCACAGAGGCCAUGAAGAAAAGAGAGAGAGGCCAGAGGACGAUCGAAGACGCAGUGAAGGUCAUCGCUCUCGACGACAUCGCGAGCGUGACUCGCGCAACGACAGAGACAGACCGUCAAGAACACGUCGAAGCAUUUCCCGUUCUCGCUCCCCCAUUUCACGCGCCCGAAACUCAUCACCGCGGGGCGUUCAACGGUCAAAGGGCCCCCUUCCAUCUCAGUUAGAAGCGUUCACGUCGAACGAGGUGUCUAGAACAGGGAGGACUUCACCACCUCCACCUGAGAAGGAAAAGCCCAAUUUCGCGCCUACGGGUCGGUUGGCUGCAGAGAGUAACACAGUGACUGUGAACGGAAGUGCAGUCGUUCUCAAGUACCAUGAACCACCUGAAGCACGAAAGCCACCCGCUAAAGAACCUUGGCGUCUCUACGUGUUCAAGGGGGAUGACCUGCUUGAAGUAGUCGAACUGAGUGAGCGCAGCUGUUGGCUGGUCGGGAGAGAAAGGCUUGUGGUGGAUUUCCCUCUUGAUCAUCCGAGCUGCUCCAAGCAGCAUGCGGCGAUCCAGUUUCGCUUUGUGGAGAAGAGGAACGAGUUUGGGGACAAAAUAGGACGGGUUAGGCCGUAUCUAAUAGAUCUAGACAGUGCAAACGGGUCGAGUGUGAACGGCGAUCCAAUCCCCCCAAGUCGCUACGUGGAGUUAAGGGACAAAGACGUUGUACGAUUCGGACAUAGUUCUCGAGAAUAUGUUCUCAUGCUGCCUCCACCGGAAUAA